UGCAGAGUAUCAACUACUCCUAUUUUCAAACAAUGCACUACAGUGUAUUCAAACUCUGAUGAUAAACUAAACAUUCAUACAUUCUAUUCAGUAAUAGAAUCAUCCUGCUUCCUCUAUGUAUUCACAAUGGUCAUCUUUCGCGUCCAGAUAAUUUGUCUUCUACUUUCAGUGGCCAAUUAUCAAAGGAUUCAAGAGGAAUGCUUGAGAUUUACGGUCCAAUUCUAUUAUUUCUUCUUCUAAUUGGCGGUGUCUUUCUCUGCACCAAAGCAAUUACACUUCUUGAGAUUAAUAAACUGAAUGAUGCCCAUCUCUUUCGGAACUUAUUCCGCAUGAUUCAGUCGGUGCUGAGCUUUACAAGUUACAUUUUCGUUUUCUGCUGGUAUGGAGAGGAGAUUACACAGGCGGGUGCAGAGGUUUUCGAUGCGUUGUACUUCUGUCCGUGGUUCAAUACCCCAAACAAACUGAAACGUGCCAUCCACACCAUGAUGAUCUGCAACUUGAAAGCUUCACAAAUGUCUGUGGCUGGACUGAAAACACUCAAUCUCAAAACUUUUGGGGAGGUUGUGAGUGCUGCGUACUCUUAUUUCAAUAUUGUGAGAAGUAUGAAGUAGAAUACGGUACCAUACUCUGCAGCCUAUGAUUGGAUAUGAAAAUGUUAGUCUUGUGAUAAUUCAGUUUGAAAACUGAAUCAGCUAUUGUAAAAUAAUAUUAUCAUUCGCCACAAUCAAUAAAGAAAUAUGGCA